CCCACCUUGCUCUCCAUCCAUGACCACCGCGCUGCUCUCCCAGUAUGGACCGGAACACUGAGGCCAUUGCCUCGACCUCAUCCCCGGCCACUCCGCCAGCUUUGGCCGUGUCUGGCGGAGCACCACCCCCCGACCAGCCAAGUCCAACGAACGCGAACGGAGCGCCCCCUCCGCGCACGCCUCGGAGGUCGCUAUGGAAGCGUUUUCUGGAGUUUAUGGGCUACGCAGGCCCGUCGGACAGCGAGAGGAGAGAGCGGCGACGACGCGUCAGCCUUGUCAUAUUCCUCCUUUCGGCUGGAGCGCAGAUCGCCAUCGUCAUCGGUCUGACCAUAAUAUCCUCUGUGAACAAGAGUCUACGCCCCGAUUAUCCAGGCCAGAGCGAAUUCCAAGCUUGCUCAGACUUGGCCAUCCUCAAUCUCAUAUGGCUUGGAAGGGUUGUAUUUGUCGUCUAUCUCCUCUUCUGGGCCCGAUGGAUGAAGCGCGUACUUUCUCGGCGGAGACGGAGUGACGCCCAACCAGCCACUGCUCCGGUUCCCGCACUUAACGCACAGGGGGAGGUCGAUAUCGAAGCUGGUGCCCUCCAGGCAGAGCCUGUGCAACCUACACUCACAGACUACAUCUGCCCUAUGAACGUUAUCGCAAUGCACGUUCUACUCAUCAAGCUCAGUCCCGCAUUGACCUUGGUGUGGUUCGUCACCGGCGUACUGCUGGCCAUCCAGCGCGGGCCGCACUGCCGCGAGGCCUCACCAAGCGUCCUUGCGCUCACUGCUAUCACACUCCUCGUCAUCUACAUCCGCUUCGUGAUACAGCUUAUUUUAGCGCUCAUCCGAAUAAUAGUCGUUCGAAGACGUACCGGCACACCAGCCAUCGGCAAGCUCUCGCAAGCCGAGGUGGACCGGAUCCCCCUCGUCCUCUACAUACCCCCACCUCCCGGCGACGACACUACCGGUCCCGCCAAACCCCUGCUCAGCCCUACCUCCUACCCGCCCGCGCUCCCGAAGCAGCCCCCGGCCGCCGCGAAGAAGAAGAAACGCUUCAUCGCGUUCAAGCCGAUCCACACGCGCGCGCCGCAACCACCACGCUCCGUGGAGGACGACGUCGAACGCGGGAUCGUGCAGCACAGCAUCGGCGCGAUCAACACGCUCGCGCUCGUGAACUCGUGGGACGCGAUGUGGGCCCCCGCGCCGUACCCGCUCGUGCGCCUCCCGGAGAACAAGGCGACGUGCAUGAUCUGCCUGUGCGAGUUCGAGGAGCCGCGCAAGCUCGCGGACACCGACGCCGACGCCGAUGCCGCGCCGGACGCGCCGGGCACGGGGAGCGACGAUGGGGACGGAGAGGCGCACGAAAUGGCGUAUGUGCCGCCGCUCUCCCCAGCCGCGGGCCAGCCCCCGGGGACGAUCGAGGAGGUGCUGGUCGAGCCGCCGCGCGAGGCGGACGCGCAGACGGGGGACAUCGCGCACGACGAGGAGGGCGAGGACGCCCUGCAGCCGCUGCGGCUCCUGAGCUGUGGGCACGCGUACCACAAGGAGUGCAUCGAUCCGUGGCUCACGCAGAAGUCGGGGCGCUGCCCGUACUGCCAGACGCGCGUCGAGGUGCCGCCGCCGGUGAGGAGUGGGCGGAGGUGGUGGCGGCGCAGAGGGUGAGGGGGGUGGUGCGCGGAUACCCACGCCUCGCUGUGAUUUCUGGCUUGCUUUGCUGUCCCGGACGUUUGUUCGCAUCUGCACCCUGGAUCAUGUACUUCAAUCGAAUAUGUACUAGUAAAUACGUCCCCGUGCAUGCACGGAUCACAUCUAGUUCAGCGUCGCAUGACGUGUGUACAC